AUGUGGCCUUCUACUGAAUUCAUUCCUCCACUACCAACUUUGAGGAGGAAAAUGGCAGGCAGACCAAAAGUUAAUAGAAGAAAGGACUCAAGUGAAAAGCCUACAAGAUACAUUGUGUCAAAGGUUGGGAAGAAAAUUAUGUGUAGUGUGUGUAAGCAAGUUGGACAUAACAAAGUUACAUGUCCUCAAGUUGAGAAGCCCAAAAAGCUCAAGGUGAAGAAGAGAAAGAUAUCAACUAGUAAAGAUGGUAAUGGAGGGGAAGGAAUAAAUGUAACAAAACCAAAUGAAGAUGCAAGACCUGAAGAGAAAGGAAAAGAGGGUACACAAAAAAGGAAGCUUUUUAAAAGGAUUAUCAAGAAAAAACUAGGUAAAAGGGUUGAAGGGAAAAAUAAAGAAGGCAAUACAUGUGAUAAACCAUUGGUUGUUGAAUAG